AUGAAGCACGCUUCGACUCGGCCGACCAGGACUAAGAUCGACUGUCAGGAAACAGUUACAUGGAUUGAAGAUAAAACUCGUGUACUUGAAGACUCUGACGCUCUCACCAAUGAUCUCAGUGGUGUAAUGAAACUCCAACGAAGGCUUUCAAUGAUGGAGCGAGAUCUCGGGGCCAUCCAAGCCAAACUAGAUGCACUCCAUAAGGAAGCCGACUCAAUAGAACGAGAACGUCCUUCUGAGGCGCAAGCAAUUCGUGAAGACAUUAAACGUAUCCACCAUGUGUGGGAUAUUCUCAAUAAGAAAGUCCGCGAGCAUGAAGCGAAGCUCGACGAGGCUGGUGACUUGCAACGAUUCCUUCGUGAUUUGGACCACUUCCAAGCAUGGCUUACAGCUACACAGCGACAAGUUGCUUCGGAGGAAUCGAGCCACGAGUCGGUUAGCGGAGGCUGCGCAGCUGCCUCAAGCAACAACGCUGUGGCCUAUUAG